AUUAAAUAGCUAUAUGAUGAAGCUCAAAUUCAUCAAGAAUUUGGUGCCCAAGAAUGUCACAGGAGUUUGCCGCCCUAGAUGCUUCUCAGUGUCAACAAAAGCCGAGGAGCUUGCAGUCGGAGGGCUCAAUUUUGAUUUGUCGGAUCAACAAAUGGCAAUGAAGGAAGUGGCGGCAAAGUUUGCGCGGGAACAGGUUGCCCCAAAAGCAGCAUAUCACGACCAGACAAUGGAGUAUCCAAUGGAAAUAUUCAAAGAAGCGUGGCGCCUGGGACUAGUCAACAUGCACGUGCCUGAAGCAUACGGUGGCGUCGAAAUGGGCGUGCUGGACGAGUGCAUAGUGGCCGAGGAGAUCGCAUUCGGCUGUUCUGGAGUGGGAACUGCGCUGUUAGCAAACUCACUCGCUUCGAUGCCUCUUCUGGUUGCUGGAAGUGAUGAAUUGAAGAAGAAGUAUUUGAGCAGACUAGUUGAGGCGCCAUUGCAAGCAGCCUAUUGUGUGACGGAGCCAGGAGCAGGAUCAGACGUGUCUGGAAUCAAAACGCGCAGUGAGAAAAGAGGAAAAGAGUAUGUGGUGAAUGGGUCCAAGAUGUGGAUUACGAAUGGGGGCGUGGCCAACUGGUACUUUGUGCUGACCAGGUCCAACCCAGACCCCAAGUGUCCUGCCAGCAAGGCCUUCACCGCCUUCGUCAUCGACAGGGACACGCCAGGAGUCAGUGUUGGAAAGAAGGAGAUCAACAUGGGCCAGAAGUGUUCAGAUACAAGGGCAGUGUCAUUUGAGGACGUUGUAGUGCCUGAGAGUCAAGUGAUCGGAGAGGAGGGCAAGGGGUUCCUGCUUGCGAUGGGUGCCUUCGACAGAACUAGACCUGCAGUAGGAGCAGGAGCAGUCGGGCUAGCACAGAGAGCACUCGAGGAGUCUAUCAAGUAUGCGUUGGAGAGGAAGACCAUGGGAACCCAGAUCAUCAACCACCAGUCGGUGGCCAAUCUGAUCGCAGACAUGGCGGUUGGGGUGGAGACCGCAAGACUCAUGGUGCUGAAGAGUGCAUAUGAUGUGGACAUGGGCAGACGCAACACCUAUUUCGCAUCCAUCGCCAAAUGUUAUGGCGCAGAUAUUGCUAACAAAGCUGCGACAGACGCUGUGCAAGUUUUCGGAGGAAAUGGUUACAAUACAGAAUACCCCGUGGAAAAGCUGAUGCGGGAUGCAAAGAUUUAUCAGAUUUACGAGGGAACUGCACAAAUACAGCGGUUGAUCAUUACUCGAGAACUUUUAAAGAGAAUGUGAAUAGUUUUUAGUCGUCAUCUUGCGCAAAACCGAAUCAGGGAAUAUAGUUUGUAAUUAUAUAGUUGGAACCAUGUAGCUAGUCUGGGAGUUCAAUUCAUUUUUUUACAAUAAA